GUCCUGCUCGCGGCCCUCGUUGAAGAAAUCGGUUUCGUCGCUGUUGAUUCUGACUUCGUCUGCCAUGGCUCAAAAUUGCAUCUCGCUCGAGGGCUCGUCUGCCUGUCCGGCCUUCAGCUCGGCCUCUGUGUCGACAGGGACCAGUAUCACGAAUCUCUUGUAAGACACAUCCAAUUGGACGCUAUGCGAGCAUGGACAAAGUGCUGACGUGCCCCACAGUCCCUUCAUGCAGAACGUUUCAAGUCGGGAACAGUUUGACAACGAUCUCAAGACCUAUGUCGCGUCAAGCUACGCCCAGCAAAAGUACAUCUUUCACCGUCCUGUUUGCGCGCAUCCCUCUAACCACACGUCGCAGGUAUCAGCAGCUUAUUGGAUGCUCCUCUGUCAAUCUCGACAACACCACCGAUCUCUAUGCGCGUUAUACCAACAGUGUAAUAUGUAAUGCUAUCGUUCAAAACUCAAUUGGCUUGUGCGACUCCAGUCGGGACCCAGAGCCACUGUGUGCAGACUCUUGUGCCGAGUACGCCAUCUCAGAACAAGAAAUCUCCGCAAGUUCAGACCUUUGUGGCUCAGCCGGUCCAAACGCCCUUUCUCAGAUACGUGCCGACUUCACAAACUGUGCGCUUCCAGCACGCUCGCUUUCUGGAGGGACCUGUAUCAGUGCUGUCGACAAUGAACCAAAUGACUGCGGCUACGGCAGCAACCUUUCCGGCCUAUGCGGUUUCUGCGGAACCAGCUCCCCAAACGCGACUGAUUCCUGCUGCGUCAAUGCCAAUGCAGAGUCAAGGUGCCAGAAUGUUGACCUGCCAUCCUUCACCUCACUAGAACCGCUCUUCACUACCACCACCAUUGCCCAGCCAACCUCCUCAGCCAGUACCGCACCAGUCGCAAGUGAUGACGGUACUCUAUCAGCAGGUCAGAUUGCCGGGAUCGUCGUGGGCUCAGUCCUAGGAGCUCUCCUCUUGAUGGCACUCAUCAUCUUUGGCUGCGUUCUGCUUCGACGGAGAAAGUCGAACCCACCCAGCAGCAUCUUCAACCAGCCCUCUCCAGCUCGCCGGGGGUCCAGUCGCGAGAAGCCGUUCGGAGAUGGUGCACGCCCUGAAAUGGUUCCUGGCCGUGUUGCUCGCAUGGCAGCACUAGAGGAUGGCUCGACCUCUUCGCGGCCUCGAAGCGACGCUCCAUCCUCUGAGCGUGGCUUCAAAUCAGGUAGUCCUGAUCGUCAUCGCAUCGUUGCUGCCGGUGGCCUGCCACGCCGCAAUGGCUCGCUCUCAAGCCAGUCGGCACUGAACCUCGGCGAGGACCCCAACUCUCCUCAGACGUCUUCCGGCUUUGGCGAUCAGUUCUCCUCACCGGACGCGGUCACAUCUGGUCAAUCAGAGCAGCUGGCCUUCUUCAAGGACUACUACUCCCAAGAUGAAAUCCAUCCGCACGACACAGUAGCGACACUAUGGGCAUACCAGCCACGCGCCAACGACGAGUUUGAACUCGAGCGUGGUGACAUGCUCAAAGUCGUCGGUAUCUGGGAUGAUGGCUGGGCCACGGGUGUAAAGGUGACGGAAAGGGCAGAAGCAUGGGAGAGGAGGCGACAAGAGCAGAGGGACAGUGGUGUCAGCAACGGCGGAGGCCCCAGCCCUGUACCCGCCACCGGCGAGAUCAAAGCUUUCCCACUCGUCUGCGUCUGCUUACCACAGCAUUGGCGGAAGACUAUUGACGGGGACACCACCGGCGAGGCUCCAGACCCCCACGGUGGUAAUGUCCCGCCAAGAACAUCAACACCACCAUAGUCUCCUCUCCGCUUAUGCUAACUCCCCUUCCCAGCGAAAUUCUCUGUG